AUGCCGCCUCCUAGAACGAGAGCGGAGGUUCAAGCCCAGAAGCAAAAGGAGAAGCUUGCCCAAUCCUAUAAUGAACUCCUAAAAUUAAUAGGAAAAGGUUCCUUCGGCAAAGUCUAUCUCGCCUCGCAUAAACUUACCAACCACUCAAAGGUCGUGCUGAAGUCGUCGGACAAGGAGGAUACAAACCUGGCACGAGAGAUUCAUCAUCAUCGUCAAUUCCUUCAUCCCCAUAUUGCGCGCCUUUACGAAGUAAUCGUGACUGAAAAGCUUGUUUGGCUGGUUCUCGAAUAUUGCCCUGGUGAUGAACUGUAUAAUUAUCUUUUGCGGAAUGGGCCGUUGCCCAUUGACAAAGUCAAAAAGAUAUUUACUCAGCUUGUUGGGGCCGUGUCAUACGUUCACAGCAAGCAGUGCGUUCACCGUGACCUAAAGCUAGAGAAUAUCUUACUUGACAAGCACGAGAAUGUGAAGCUUUGCGAUUUCGGAUUCACCAGGGAAUACGAGGGAAAAGCAAGCUAUCUUCAGACUUUCUGCGGCACCGUGUGCUACAGCGCCCCCGAAAUGCUCAAGGCCGAGAAAUACGCUGGCGAAAAGGUGGAUGUCUGGAGCUUAGGCAUUAUUCUUUAUGCGCUUAUUGCAGGAGAGCUCCCUUACGACGAUGACGACGACCAGGUUACCAAAGCGCGGAUUUUGAACGAAGAACCGAAAUUUAAUGACAAAUUCCCCGACGACGCCAAGGCGCUCAUAAACCUGCUCCUUUCUAAGCGGCCUCUUCUCCGGCCUAGUUUGGACGAAGUUCUCGCCCACCCAUUCCUAUCCGAGUAUGCUGCUGAACAGCUAGCAAUUCUGAAGCUUCCUCGGCCGCCGCCCUUUUCGACAUCUCUAGAGAAAACCACUCUACAUCGAAUGAAAAGCGCGGGAAUCAAUAUUGACGAUGUUGUAGAUAGUGUCAUGGCUCAGCGCUGUGACGCGCUUGCCGGUUGGUGGGCUCUUCUAAUAGAGAAGGAGCAGCGGAAAGAAGCGAAGAGAGAAAGAAAACGACGAGAGCGGGAUGCAGAAGCAAAGAAUAUUCGCCGUCUAAGCGCAGCGAGCAGUCGCUUGGAAAAAAUCUCGGCUGCGCUAGUUGAGGUGGACGAAGAGGGCUAUUCGACCGCUCCCUUACAUGAACGUGGUCGAAGGGAUCGCCGGAGUCUACCCUCCCAGCUUGCCGUCCCUGAAUUACCAAUGCUCCCGGAGCCACCUCUACAAUCUCACAAUCUCACCACACCACCGCCUCCUCCUCCAGUCGACAAAGACUCAAUUCGCUCCCACAGCUCCACCCGCCGUCUCCCUCCCGCGCCGCCACCCAAGGAUCGAAGGCGAUCACGCCCCAGCACACUUCAUGCAUCGGCAUCUCAACCUGAGUUAGCUCAGCAUGGUGGAAUUUUCAGAAGACGGACCGGGCGCCGCCAAUACCCAAUUAUCAGCCAACUAGCUUCCCUUAAGCAUUGGUUUGUGGAAUCCGCGAAGAGAGCCAAGUCUCCACAUCCCAAGUCCGCUGGUGGUACGUCUCGCAAGUUCCUGUCAGAAAAGUUGAGCCCUGCAAAGGGCCAGGAAGGGACAAAAAAGACGACCUUGGCCGUUUCAACCACCGGCCAGCCGAACGACCUGGCCACGCCGACCCAGAUAAAACGUGCAUCAAACGCAAGUAGUCUGGCUCCCAGUAGCGCAUCAUAUCCCCAUCGCCGUCACUCUUACCCCAGGCAACCCCGGCCAUUGAGCACCGGUGCGAGCCAUCGUAACUCGCUAUCGCCGUCCCCGCUCACUCCAAGAGGCUCAUAUCGACGGUCUUCAGUUGGUCUAAGGGGCCGCAAAUCGACGUCCUCAUCUGUAUCUUCCAUUCGAAGUAUCCAUCACGGUCAUUCUCGUUCGAAAGCUUCGUCCAUAUCCUCUAACAGCAUUGGUUCUGCGACGACACCAACCGCUCGGGUUGCAAAAUCUCCUCAUACGUCGGUCAAAGUGUUACCAACAACCCCAGGCGCAUCUGCGCGUUUUCCAACUAAUAUCCGGCUAGUUCGAAAUCCAGGCCAUGGGCUGCGAGACUUGGAUGAGCCUGAUGGUGUGCCCACUUCAUCCUACAAUGAAGCUGCUCCUGCGCCCUUGUUAUAUUCUCCGUCGUCAAGCCUUGUUUUCGCUCGGCGAAAACGGUCUACUUUCAAGGGGCCAAUGCUUCAUGUUGCUAAUCUAGUGGCAUCCGGUGGAAUGGCAUCGGAAUGUCCUAACGGGGAUGUCAGAAUGGACGUUCCCGCUAUUAAAGCAGCUCGACCCACGACGCGGAAGAGCCAGAUUAUCGAGGAAGAAGAGGACCCAGAGGACGAAUAUGAAGAAGUGGAUGCGUUCACUGGGACUGAGGAAGAACCCGCCUCUCCUACCGGCGUAGUCAGCUCAGAGCUCUCAGAUUCCGAUCAUGCCCACAGCCGCGGCCAGCCCGUCCUGGAACCUGCUCCUGAUCUUGACUCAAGCCCUCUUCGGCCUCCGCGCUCCUCUUCGCUGAGAACAACGUCACGAGACCCGGUUCUCGGCUCUGACGAUUCUGACCAAGCUGCGUUGAAUGCCUCUCCAAAAUCCGUCGUAUCUGGGAAGCGCAGCUUAUAUUCUGGUGUUGACGCUGCGAAAUAG